GCUGCCAGACCGUUUUAGUGAGCGCUAGCAACAGAAAUAACAAAAAUUUCAUUGAAUAAUUUUGAUUACUAAUUGACAAGGAAACCAACAUGAGCGGUGCAGAAAAGGCCUUCGAAUUGCAGCGCCAGGUGCGCCAGAAUGCCAAGGAGUAUGAGAACUCGGUGAAGGACCUCUACUCCUGGGAGCGUGACAUCAAGAGCAAGGAGAAGGAGCUGCAAAAGGCGCCGGCGUCUGCCGCCAAUAAGAACCUGCCAGUGCGCAGUCAUGGGAAGUCGGAGAAGGACAGCCCCAGCAGCUCGGCGGCCAGCACGCCCACGGAGAAGCAGGAUUUGCCCCUGGAUCCUGUGGCCCAGCAACACAAGAAGGCCAAUGACAUAAAGGAUCGUGGCAAUAACUAUGUGAAGCAGGCGGAGUACGACAAGGCAAUCGUGGCGUACUCCGCUGCCAUUGGUGUCUAUUCCCACGAUCCUAUAUACUUUAUAAACAGGGCCUUGUGCUAUCUCAAACAGGAGCGUUUCGAAAUGUGCGUGGAGGACUGCGAGGCCGCCAUUUCGCUGGACAAGCUUUGCGUUAAGGCAUACUACCGGCGAAUGCAGGCCAACGAGUCCUUGGGCCUCAACAUGGAAGCUCUCAAGGAUUGCACCACGGUGCUGGCCAUUGAACCCAAAAACAUCGAAGCCAAGAAGAGCUUGGCUAGGAUCAACGAACGCUUGCGCAAGAACGCCACAAAAAGCGGUCCAAACUUCACCCCCGAUCGUCCUGGAAUGAUCGACAUCUUGCCAUUUGACAAGCCUGUUUAUAAGCGCUCCAAGAAGGCCAUGCAUCGAGUGACCAUUGUGGAUGUGGUAUCUCCUCGUGGAAGCAGCGAUGACACCAACAAACUUCGCAUUUCAGAUGAGGACAUAGACAAGAUUUUUAAUAGUAAUUGUGGCGCAUUCGAGGAGGUCAAGAAACCGGAUGUAAAGACUCAAGUAAAACCAAGUCCACUUGAAACUGUGCCAAUUGUUGAAAACUCCAAAGAAGUAAAAAAAGAAACCAAACAGAGUCAAACCAAAGCAGAUUCUGGUCAAGAGGCCUCCAAAGAAACAAAUAAGGAUACAAAAAGUAAGGCUGAUGUAAAGCAGAAUCAAGUAAAAUCAAUUUCACCCAAAACUGAGACAAUCAUUGAGGCCUCCAAAGAAGUAGAGAAGGAAACCAAACAGAGUCCUCCUCCAGUUGAGGAGGCCUUCAAUAAAACAAAGAAAGAUACAAAAAGUAAGGCAGAAGUCGAAAAAAAAGCGGAACAAAGUUCACAUAGCAAAUUGCCUGUCGAGAUCCCCCAAGUUCAGAGUCUCGACUCGCCACCGAAGACAACCGAAAAAUCCAGCACAGAAGUCAAGGCGGCCAAUGUCAAGUCAAGUCGAACUGAAAAGAUCGAGCCAAAUUUAAGGAACAACGAAAUGCCAGCCAGUCCGUUGGAACGUUCGGUGCCUCCUGCGCCUACAGGCACAGCCCAGUUCCAUGUCACCUGGAAGGAACUGAGUGCUUCUCAGAAGUACCAGUAUUUGAAGUCCAUUGAAGUAUCUAAUCUUUGUAAGAUCUUGGGAGCAGGUUUCGAUCCGGAUACAUUUGCGGACAUCCUGCGCACCGUUCAAGACUAUUAUGUACCAAAUAAGGAGCCCACCACGGCGGCUGUCCUCUUGGAGGUCAGCAAAAAUGACCAGUUUACCAUUUUAGCAAUGCUCAUGUCCGCGGAGGAGAAGAAGGUGGUUUCUUCUAUUUUCAACGCAUUCAAAAACUGGCCCAACAAAAAUCAGGGUGUGCUGGAUAAGCUAUCGAAGGCUUACGGCGUGGCGUAAAACCCCAAUGUUUCAAGUUUAAAUGUACUUAUGUUGCUUCAAAUUGUUAGCUCAAAAACAAACAUUAUAAAUUUAAAGAGGAUGUGUAGAUAGGAUCCACAAUAUGUUACACAGAA